UUUACUCCUGGCUAUCAGUCAACAGAAGGGCUGACGUUCACAUUUGGUGUUACGCGGUCUCAGCCUAGAGACAUCAGAGUCAUUCUCUGGAUUUUGGAUUUUAAGAGAGAAUAGUUACCCCUGACAUCAAGAAACUUUUACUCUAAAGACUUAGCCGCACUUGAACUGGAUUUGAAGUCAGGAAGAUAAUACAAACUUAACGUAUUUAGGCAGUUGUUGUGAGAAACAAAAGCUACCAUACACAGGUUUGAUGGAGCUUGGCUUUCUUGCAUUUCCCAGGUGUUGCAUUUUCUUACAAACUGAAAGCAAGGCCCUCCACCUACAAAAAGAAGCAGUGGUCUGAAACUGAACCUACAAGAUCUCUGAGACCCUGCUGGUCAAGGAUUAGGUCCUGGGAUGUAAAGGUGACUAAUCCAUGCCUCUGCUUGCAUGAAGGAUACAAUUAUUGAAGACGAGUCAUGAACACAGAUGCGAUCUACCGAAGCAGGGUUAGUGCUGCAGCAAAGACAGGAACAGGAUGCUGUGGGGCCUGACAAGCCCAGCAGCUGCUUGGCCUGGAGGCAUUUUGGGAAGUCAUCAUGGGUGAGCUGGAUUUUGAAAAAAGAGGAGUUUACCAGAUGAAGAGUGGGAAAGAAAUACACAAAGACACAAAUUGAUGGAAUAUCUGGUUUAAAAAUGAAUAUAUAUAUGGCAACAAAAUGGAAAGAAAUAUUCCCAAGUGAAGAGUUGAGUAGUUGGUGUUUUAUGUUUGUAGAAAUAUAGGAUAUUUAUGAUGGUGUUCAUAACACUGUUACCCGUCAGGGUCAGCCUCUGCCGGCUCCAGGACAGACCGGGGCCAUGGGCACUGAGAAAUGUCUGAGGAGAUGACUGGGGAUGAGUUGUGAUUUAUAAAGACAGAAAAAUCAUUGCUACUCUUUCCUGAAAUAUGUUGAAGGGCAUCUGUAUACCAGGAACUACCCCCCUGUGAGAAGAUAGAACAGAGGCCGAGAGAGACAUAUUCUGCCUUUCGUAGGUGAGUUCUUCCACUGGAAGCCCUGAACAGGAAUUCUGGUGCCAGGUUCCAUGCCAAAAUAACUGAUGCCUUAUCUCCUGAAUGUUUCUGAUACCCUUGUUUUACAAAAGUGACAAUAUCAGAGUCCUGAAGACCUUGUUUAUGCUUUAAGAAAUUAGUGUGCCUGACAUAUGGUUGGAACGCAAUAAAUAUUUGUGGAAUGAUCAAAUGAAUAAAUGCCUCGCCCUACACUCAUUCUUCAGGACAAGAGCUACACCGUGUGGGCUGUAUUAGAGACUUACAUUCAUGGCCCAAAGGCCUUGGGAAGUCAGGAUUCUCAGUGAAACACGCUCUAUGAACUACCUUUUCACUAGAAGAGCAACUGUGAUGUUGCAUGAAUGCUGAGUAAGAACACGGAAGCUAAUUAAAUAAAACUAUCUGCCCCCAAGCCACACAUCUUCAAGCCAAAUCCUCACUGUCCUUUAGACUUCUGCAGGAGUUGGGAAAGGCCCUGGGGAUCCCCAGAAUUAUACACCAUAAACAGCUGAAAGAGCAUGCAAAGGAGACCAGACCGGAGUUGAGUCCAAAAGUACUUUACAAGAUAAAAGAAGGUGGAAAAGAGAUGGGAAAAUGAAAAUAGGAGAAUGGAAAUUCAAGAGAGUCUUCAAGAAGUUCACAGGGGCAGUGAUUCCCAGGCUUUCUCGAAAUGCUCCUUGUUUUCUGGCGCACUUACCCUGAAGGUGGAUUCUCCUUUUAACAAGAAGGACGUUUUGGUGGAGAGCUACCCAACCAGGGAAGGACGUGUGUGGCUAUUAAAGCAGCACACACACUAAGUAAAUUCCGGAACGACCGCUGCAGCAGUGGCUGGUGGCUGCUGCGGUGAAGGACCUCAGCUUGGGGCUCGGCCAACAGAAAUGGAUGUGUCACAGCUCCGCAGGCUUGACGCCCCGAGUCCAGAAACGAUCCACGUGUGAAGUGGCACGUGCUGGGGGCCCGCCUAGGUCCCAGCAGCCUCCAGGACCGUUCGCCAUCUCAGCAGGCGACCACCGGCACAGGGGAGGCUCUGCUCCGGCUCUAGGCUCACGGAGAACCAACAGGGAGACGGUUUCUGCUCCCAAGGAGACUCACGUUGACACCAAAGGGAGGCGGAGUAACAUUUAACAGAUCCAUGGCCAUGGAGGAAAUUAAGCUUACACAGAAUGUCCAUAAUGAGGCUCUGAGUGCUGAUGCUUCAGACAAGAAGAAGGGAGGCAAAUUCCAGCCUUUUAAGAAGUUGUUUGGCAAAAGGAAAAAGAAAGACACUUCGUUUCCCCGGGAGGCGGCGUCAGGAAAGAAGAGUCACUCCCCGCAGAGUGGCAGCAAUGGCACCUUCUCUUCCGACGAGGAGACCCUGGAGGACAGUCUGAGGUCCUUCAACUGUUCUAUGGGAACCCGGGCGUUUUCCCAUGACAGUAUUUUUAUCCCUGAUGGGGGAGCAGAAAGUGAGCAGACAGUUCAAGCAAUGUCACAGGACAACAUCCUGGGCAAAGUCAAAACUCUUCAGCGACAGUUGGGCAAGAACAUCAAGUUCGGGCAGCCGCCAGCCAGUGCCACUCCCGUGAAGAAGGCGGACAGUGGGGAGGCCGGCCUGGAAGAGCAUCAGCCCCCGACCCGUCCCAUGGACCCCGUGGCUCAGCAGGACGUCGUCCUCUCGGACGUCGAGAACAAAUCCAGUGACACACCAGGUUCUCCGAGUCCUCCGACUCUGCCUGGAGCCAGCAGUGACAUGGAAGAGAAGGUGGCUCCAGCUAAACCGUCUCGGCCAAAGAGACAUUUCUCUUCUGGGGGCACCAUCGAGAGUGUCAACCUGGAUGCCAUCCCCCUGGCCAUCGCUCGCCUGGACAACAGUGCCGCCAAGCACAAACUGUCCGUUAAGCCAAAAAACCAGAGGGUGUCGAAGAAGCACAGGCGACUUGGACUUGCUGGGGAGCGACCGAAGGAACCAGGUGGCCUCCCGAGUCAGCUGUCCCUGGACCAGAACGGACAUCCUGGGGAAGACAAGCCAGCGUGGCUGGAAGAGGAGCCAGAGCCACCGGACUCCGAGGAGGAGCAGAGACGCCAGGAAGAGUACUGGCGGGAACUGGAGGCCAAGUGCAAGCGGCAGAAGGCCGAGGCCGCCGAGAGGAGACGCCGGGAGGAGCAGAGGCUCCAGGCCCUGGAGAGGAGGCUCUGGGAGGAAAACAGAAGGCAGGAGCUCCUGGAGGAGGAAGGAGAGGAGGAGGAGAGAGCAGAGGGAGAACCACAGCUAGAGGCAGGCAACAGGCAGUGCCCCGAGGAGAGGCAGAGGCUGGACGAGCAAGGCGGCCGCGGCCAGGAGUGCAGGGAGCCAGAGGCAGGCAGGCACCAGGUGGCCGAGGAGCAGGAGCCCCUGGAGAAGGAGGCCGAGCGGCCGCAGAGCCUCCCGCGGCAGGAGGAGCUGGAGACUCGGAGCAGGCGGGAGGCCGAGAAGCAGCGGCAGGAGGAGGAGGAAAGAGAGCGGAAGGAACUCAGGAGACUGGAGGAGCUGGAGGAGCAGAGGCAGCAGGAAGCCGAGAAGCAGCGGCUGGAGGAAGAGGAGAGGAAGAAGAGGCUGGAGGAGCUCAGGCAGCAGAAGGAGCUGGAGGAGCAGAAGCGGCGAGAGGAGGAGGAGGAACGGAUGAAGGAGCUCAGGAGGCAGGAGGAGCUGGAGGAGCAGAGACGGGGGCAGGAGGAGGAGGCCGAGAGAAGGAAAGGGCAGAGGCGGCAGGAAGAGGAAAAGGAGCCUCGGGAAGCACCGAGGGUGGAAGAGGCGAGUCAGCCGGCGUCGGAUGACAGGAGCCCAUCUCACACUGACCUUGCCGAGAACGCAGAGCAAGGACACCUGAAACCCGAGAAGCAGAGAGAAGACCCUGGGGAACCAAGCGUUUGCCAGGAGCAGAGCCAGGAGGCCGAGCCCUCAGGAGAGCAGCGGGGGGAGGUCCGUGGGCUGGAUGAUUGUACAGGUCAGGAGAAGAGAGAAGAAAUGAGCCUCCCCUCGCCCCAGAAACAAGAGGGGCCGGGAGAGACACCGGCUCCAGUGGAGAAGAAAGAAGCUGCCACCCCAGAAAAAGACCGCAAGGUGGAGGAACUCAGGUGGCAGGAAGUGGAUGAGAGGCAGACUAUGCCCAGGCCCUACACGUUCCAGGUGUCAUCAGGAGGGAGACAGAUUCUCUUCCCCAAAGUCAACCUGAGCCCAGUGACGCCCGUGAAAGAUGCGGGACCUGCUUCUGCUCCCCACGAGCCAAAGGCCCCCAAAGCCAGCCCUGCCUCCCACGCGCUGCCCUUGUCGCUCAGUAUCCCCCACACGGCCAUCCUGGUCACGGGAGCACAGCUGUGCGGCCCCGCUGUCAACCUGAGCCAGAUCAAGGACACGGCAUGCAAGUCUCUCCUGGGUCUGUCAGAAGAAAAGAAGCAGGUGGAUGUCCCCAGCCUGGAGAACCCAGCCCGAGCCCCCGCCGAUCCCCGCGCAGGCAGCGGGAAGGCCAGGCCCCCCCAGGAGUCUCCGAGCAGUGCGGCUGCGCUGGCCGAAUGGGCUUCCAUUCGGUCCAGAAUCCUGAAGAACGCAGAGGGUGACCAGCACAGCAAGAGGGACCCGUCUCAGCCUGGCGAUGAACAGACUCCCAGAGGCCGAAGCGAUUCCCGCGGGAACCUCCGGAAGACCCCGCCAGGAAAUGCAAAGUUCUCUAUUAUGCCUGCCUGGCAGAAAUUCUCUGAUGGGGGCACGGAGACCUCCAAACAGAACACAGAAGCUGAAAGCAUUAGAAGGAGACCCAUGCUGGAGGCCAGUGACAAGACGGCACCCCUGCCCCCGGCUGCCAAUAGUAAUGACCACUGCAAGGGCGCAGAGAAUCUGGGGGUGCACCAGGAGCCAACGGACACCACCGAGGGAUGCAAAUUUGCCAAAGACCUUCCAUCUUUCCUUGUUCCAAGCCUUCCUUACCCUCUGCAGAGAGCAGUGGCCCAGGCGGAGCCCGAGACCACGCUGGACAGUGAGACCUCCAGUGCUAGAGGAAAGGCAGACCCCGCGGUGCCAGGCGGGGAGGAAAAGGCCUCACCUUUUGGAAUAAAGUUGAGAAGGACCAACUACUCCUUGCGCUUCCACUGCGACCAGCAGACAGAAAAGAAGAAGAAGAGGCACAGCAGCACUGGGGACGGUGCCGAUGGGGGGCCGCCUGCACCGGGGAGCACAGAUGGCGAGAAGGAGGCAGAGGGUGUGGCCCUCAAGCAUGGCCCGGCCCUCCCCCCGGAGCGGAAGCAAGCCCCAUCCACCUGGGAGGACUCUGCUGUAAGCCCCUCCAGCCCCUCUGCUGCAGUCCAGCCUGGACCCCCAUCGGUCAGCAGCCAGACCCCAGCUCCAGAGCACAAGACAGCAAACAGAAUGCCAUUGGCACAGAAGCCAGCCCUGGCGCCCAAGCCCGCGGGUCAGACCCCGCCGUCCUCCCCACUCUGCAAACUGAGCAGGCCCUACCUGAUGGAGCUGCUGGCCGGGCGGCCGGGGAAGCCUGACCCGGAGCCCAGUGAGCCGGGCAAGGAGGGCCAGGAGGGCCGCGCGCCCCGGCCGCCCUCACCACCACCCCCCGAGGACAGGAAGGCCCAGAAGAGGGAGGAGGAAGAGGUGGAGACCGAGAGGAAAGCUGCUGUCCCAGCUCUGGCUGCAGCCCCACCGGAGAAGCCUUCCCAAGUGCCCGAGGCUGGGAGGAAAGAAAAGCCGGUGCUGCAGAGCAGACACUCUCUGGACGGCGCCAAACUCGCGGACAAAGCCGAAACCUCGCAGCCGCUGUGGAUAACGUUAGCGCUGCAGAAGCAGAGGGGCUUUCGGGAGCAGCAGGCCACCAGGGAGGAGAGGAAGCAAGCCAGGGAGGCCAAGCAGGCGGGAAAGCUCUCCAAAGACCACGUCGGUGUCAGUCCACAGCCAGGAGGCAGCAGUGUCAGCAGAGCUGGAUCCCUGCACAAGCCCGAGGCUCAGCCAGAAGAGAAGCCGGAGACGGCAGGGUCCAGGCUGGAGCGCAGAGAGCAGCUGAAGAAGGCCAACACCCUCCCCACGUCGGUGACAGUGGAGAUCUCGGAUUCGACGCCCCCCGCGCCACUGGUGAAGGAAGUCACAAAGAGGUUUUCCACCCCAGACGCUGCCCCGGUGUCAACAGAACCAGCCUGGCUGGCUUUGGCCAAAAGGAAAGCCAAGGCCUGGAGCGACUGCCCGCAGAUCAUUAAGUAAAGACGUGUCCAUUCCUGCUCCCAGCUAUGGCUCCGCUCUUGCCCUUUUUAUUUAUUUAUUUUUUAUAUGAGGUAAAGACACCAAGCUAGGGAAAAGAAGCAUGUUUUAUAGGCUCUCAAAUAACAUGUAGAAACUGAACUGGUGGUGUUCCUUGUAAAGAAGUGUAUUUGCACAACCCUCGGUCCUGGUGCCUUGAGCUCCUCCGAGUUCUGAAGAGAACGUUCUGUUGAGGGACCACAGGAAGCAAAUCCCCGACUAAACUCCUCAGGAGGGCCUGCCACCCGCUCCACUGCCCUUCCGCUCCGCACAUCCGCACACCACUGAAUAUAUACUAUUGCCAAUCUUUGUAAUGUUUUUUUUUUUUUACUCUAUGCUCCAAUUUCUUUUAUCCAAAGCAUUUACCCUGCCAUUAUGUUUAGGGAUAUCUACCUUUUUAUACAAAAAUGGUAAAGGACCAUACGGAGAUAGAAAUAAGAAGGCCCAUUCUCCUGAGUGCAGCAAGUAACUGUGAAUUGCAAGUAAUAGUCUGGCUCCCACUCUGUGCUCAAGUCUGGUGUUCACAAAUUUUCCCUGACUGAGACUGUAACACAGAAAGCAAAUCCAUCCACACUUCUACCACACUGUUGAUCCACAGGCCCCAUUAGACCAGAACUCUCUUUAAGGACGUGUUGAACAUUUGGCCCAUUUGGCUUCCAGGCAACACUUUUAUUUAACAGAUACAGAAAGGAAGCUACAAAUUCUGUCUGAGACUCCCCGAUCUAGUACAGUUAGUUAUUCCUAAGAUGUCCAGGGUCCAUCCUAGGCCUGCUGUGAGGAGGACAAGGCCAGAAACGAAUAUUCUGACAAAAACUCUUCAAAUGAAUUCUGAUCUAUCCUAAAGGUUGAGAACCUUGGAAUACACUGCUUCUAGUACACUCUAGUUUUUAAAACUCUGAAAGGGAGACUCAUUUCACCCAAAAAAGCAAAAGGGAGACAGGAAAAAUAAUAAAACAACUCCUAAACCAGCUGUUUAUUAAAGAUACAAGAGGCUACUGACAUUGCAUGUCUCUGAAAAUUCCCUUCCAUCUUUAGGGAAAGUUACCAGGAAGAUAAUACUUGGAGCCUUUGUACUAAGGACCUCCCGUGGGAAGCUUCUUUCUGAACCAUAAUUGAGUGAUUCGUCUUUAGAGUCAAAUAUUCAAUAGCACUUGUAAUUUAGAGCAUUCACCUUGCUACCUUUAAAAAACAUCUCAGAGUUUUAAGUGGCCUUGUUAUUAUGCACAUGUGAUAUAAAGAAGGGACCCGGCUAUUUAAAAGCCCACAUAUAUUCACUAUUUCCCUAAGUUUGCUUUACAUGUAACACAGACAUACAGCAAACCCACACACUGCUGCUGCUGACUUCACAUUUCAUGGUGUUGGCAUAGUCCCAUUUUCUUCGCCCCGACUCCAAAGUGUAAGUACAAGUCUUUUGCCCAGAGCAGUGAGAAUUAUAUCAUUUCCUUUCCUACAAAAAAACCUCAUUUUAUUAGUAUGCAUCAUUAUUUUCCUGUAUGCGCACUCAAAAAGCAAUGUGCUGUUAUUCUGUGCUGUUAGUCUACCAUUUACCUUAAAGAAAGGAUGACAGCAGUUAUUUACCAUAGAGAAGGCAUUUUCUUUCUGGAAACGACGGCUCGGCCUUAUGGUAGCAGCUAGCAUGUGUGGUCAUAUGGAUAGUUGUACUCUUGCAAGUUGGAGUUAAUAUUUUAUAUAUACAUACUGGACCUUCAGACUGUUAAGAAUCAAUGUAACUUCAUGUUUUAUUGCUAUGGGAAGCAACAUUCCACUGCACGUUUUCCAACUGAUGUUCAUUUCUAAAUCAAAUAUGUAUACAUUUGUUAGUUUCAAUGAUUUCCUAAUAAAACACUUUUUAAUAGGAAUUUUUCCAUCUAGAGUCCUGGAAUUUUAGUGCUACAUUGAUUCUUCUGAACUUUCUCUUUCAUCCUGUCAGCUUUGGAUAUCACAGAAUGGCAGAGAGCAAGCCAAGAAAUCAGAUUAUUAACAAAGAAUGUAGAUGAGUCCACUCUGUGCUGGCUCACCUGUAAAGCCCAUCAAAGCAGGAGAAAUGCCUCAGUUAAAAGUUUCCUCCAACAUCUUUAAGAGCACACUGAGGAAAACACAGCCACCACACUACUUCCAGUAACACAAUGGCUACAUGUUUAAUAUUUCAUGUAAAAAUUACUCCAAAUUUGCACUAAAUACCAAUGAAGUGUUAUUUUGCUUUGGUUGUGUUGCAGUCUUUUCUCAUCAAUAAACUAGGGGGGAAAUUCUGUAAAGACAUAAAAAAUUCAAGACUUUUUAAAAAAUCCUAUUGCUAUGUUAAAUACACAGCUUUUUAAAAAAAAUUAAAAACAAACACACACUUCUCCUGGCAAGGUUAUAGAUGAUUAACCUCUGUUUAUACAUAUAUAUAUAC